AAGAGUCUAUUUACGACCAUAACAAACAUGAUGGCGGAUGGACUGAAAUGAUCGCAGCAAUGAACAGAAUUGCAGUAGUUACCGGAGCCAAUCGUGGCAUAGGAUUCUACAUUGCUGAACAKCUUGCGCAAAAAUUUGACGGAACAGUUCUUUUAACAGCAAGAGAUCAGGAGCAAGGGCUAACAGCCUGUGCCAAACUAGCAAAACAUGGAAAUGUGCAAAGUUAUCAGCUUGACAUAUCUUGCAUGAAAAGCAUAGAUCAGUUAAAGCAACAUUURUCAGAGAAAUAUGGAGGUCUUGAUAUCCUUAUCAACAAUGCAGGUUUACUAAUUCCAUCUUCUUCAGGAAAGUCUUAUGCAGAUAAAUCAGAACUGUGUAUGAAGACAAAUUUCUUUGAUACACUUGCAGUCUGUGAUGCUUUCUUUCCUCUUUUGAGAGAUAAUUCAAGAGUUGUCAAUGUCUCAUCARCAAUGGGAUCACUAAAAAUGCUGARCACAUSGUUSCAGAGAAAGUUUGCCUCUCCAAACCUUACCAGGGAAGAUCUGAUUGAAUUAAUGAUGAGCUAUCUCAGAGAUGUUAAAAAUGGAACAGCUAAGGAAAAUGGAUGGCCCACAGAAACGUCAACUUACAAUCCAGCGUAUUCGAUGUCUAAACUUGGUUUAACAGUUCUUACUUCAAUACUUUCAAAAGAAAUGAAGAAAGAUCCAAGGAAAAACAUUCUUGUAAAUGCUGCGUGUCCAGGUUGGUGUCAAACGGACAUGGGUGGACCACGUGCUCCCAGGACACCACAAACAGGAGCAACGACCCCAGUGUAUUUAGCCACUUUACCAGCAGACACAACUACACCUAAUGGACAGUUAUUACAAGACGAGAAGAUACUCCARUGGAAACGAAUGAUUCUUCAUAAAGUGUUGGGUUACGAUGGCCGAUGUAAUGAUCUGGUCUUCUGUGGUUCUGAGGGUCAACAACAUGUAGUGUUUUUCCCUGGCGACGUCCAAAACUUUGCUGAGGAAAUGGAUAAGAAUUGGAAACAAUGGGAUUUAGAGACAACGGCUAAACUAUUGGAAAAGCGUUUUCCUAACAGCUUUGUUUGGGUUGUCCGCCCUUCUUCGUAUCACCAGAAAACUUUCUCWUGCUAUGGCAACUUUGCAGAAACCAAUAUGUUUGGUGUACCUGACCACAGAAAUACAGAAUAUGGUGCCAUACCUCACCUAAAGGCACUCAUAGAUAGUGGAGUACGGCAAGUUCUUGAUAUCCAAGAAGAUGAAGAGGAUAUAACAUCAGAGUUUCCUAUCAUUAUCGUUGGAUUCAGCAAAGGAUGCUGUGUAUUAAACCAAAUAGUGUAUGAAUACCUUGAAGUAGGUAAUGGUAUUGAUUACCAACUCAAAGACUUUAUAUCGAGAUUCAAUACAAUGUACUGGCUUGAUGGCGGCCAUAGUGGUGAAUAUAAUACAUGGGUAACUGACGAGAAAUAUCUGUACCCAUUAGCUAAGCGUGUUCCUAAUAUAAGGGUACACGUCACUCCKUACCAAGUAGACGAUCUAACAAGACCUUGGAUUGGUAAGGAGGAGAAGAUAUUUGUUGAGARGCUGAAGGAAUUUGGAGCAAAUAUCAAAGUUAAACGACAUUUCAACGAUAAGGAACCCUCUUUGUUUUAUCAUUUCAAAUUACUGGAAAGCUUUUAAGCAACAAUGUCAGRGAAAGAGUAAAUACGUCUUUUUUAGUCUUUCUUUCCAAAAAAGGACAUUUUUUCCGCGUGUUCGUUGGAUUAAUAGUGAUUAUUUCUUGGAAAAGCACUCUUUCAAGUGCCGUGUAAAUUGGAAACCAUCGUGCGUCGUUAGAGUACUGAUUGGUACGAAGGCAGRCAGCAAAAAUACUACUGCCCAUGCUAACAAAAAUACGAAGAUAAAAUGGAUUUUUGAGAAUAAUAAAAUCKAAGAUAAACUUGUAAGAAAUGAGAUGAAUUAAACAGCAGAGGGCGUCUA